AUGACCAAGGGAAGCUCGAGAUGCACGUUUCUGUUGCCCCCACUGCAGGGGAGCUUGGCUGGGGCCAAAGUCACCAGCAAGUCCAAAGUCUCUGAUUUUGAACAAGGCUCCUCUCACCUGCCGCAGCAGCUUAAGUUCACCACCUCCGACUCCUGCGAUCGCAUCAAGGACGAGUUCCAGCUCCUGCAGGCCCAGUACCACAGCUUGAAGUUGGAAUGUGACAAACUCGCCAGUGAGAAAUCAGAGAUGCAGCGUCACUACGUUAUGUAUUAUGAGAUGUCCUACGGGCUGAAUAUAGAAAUGCACAAACAGGCUGAAAUUGUCAAGAGGCUAAAUGGGAUUUGUGCACAGGUUCUGCCCUACCUUUCGCAAGAGCAUCAGCAGCAAGUCCUGGGAGCCAUUGAACGAGCCAAGCAGGUUACGGCGCCAGAACUGAACUCCAUCAUCCGUCAGCAGCUUCAAGCUCACCAGCUGUCGCAGCUCCAAGCCCUCGCUCUGCCUCUGACUCCGCUCCCCGUGGGCCUCCAGCCCCCGUCCCUCCCUGCUGUCAGCACCGGCACCGGGCUCCUCUCGCUCUCGGCCUUGGGCUCCCAGGCUCACCUCUCCAAGGAGGACAAGAACGGGCACGAUGGGGAUGCCCACCAAGACGACGAUGGGGAGAAAUCAGAUUAGAGUGAAUGGGGA